AUGCCGCGCUCGCCAUCGCAGCUGCUGGCCGCCACCUUCCCCGAGGACGCCGGCAUGGACGCGGUGGCGCUCGAGCUCACGCUGAGCUCGCAGCCAGGCCUCCUCGGCCCCGCAUUGCGCGGGCCGCCGCUCUCCCCCGCGCGCUCCGCUGCCUCUGCCCGGCGCUGCAGCCCCGCACCCGGCCUGGUCGCCGUCGCUCGCCGCUGGCCGGACACGGAGGGCUCCCCGCCUGGGAGUGUAGGUGGGCACGGCCAGCUCCUGCUCCUCCCCUCGUUCCGGCCCCCACCUCACGGCGCUCCAGGCGCUAGCGGCCACCGGGCCGCUCGCCGCGGGACAGCCUGCUGGGGCACGACGGGGAGCGCGGGUCCCGGAGCCGCGCCAGGAGCUGGGACGCCGGGCGAGGGAGUUUGA